CUCUUCAGCCCCUCGGUGCCGGUGCCGGACGUGACCCUGCCGGACCUGGACAGCAGCCUGGCCAGCAUCCAGGAUCUCCUCUCCAACCAGGAGCAGCAGAAACCGACGGAGACCGAGCCCGGCGCAGGGGACUCCGGGAAGCAGCUGGUUCCGUGCACGGUGCAGCCGCUGUUCCUGGUGGAUUCCAGCGCGGUCGACGUCGGCUCCGGGGAUCUCCCCAUUUUCUUCGAGCUGGGCGAGGGCCCCCCGAGCUUCCCGGACGGGGACGAGUACCCCGAGGAGUAUCCCGAGGAGUACGCGGAGGAGUAUCCCGAGGAGUAUCCCGAGGAGUAUCCCGAGGAGUAUCCCGAGGACCCCGCGCUCAUCCCGCCCGCGCCCAAGGACCCGGCCGUGUCCUAA